AAAAUGAGCGAUCCUAAAUUGGAAGCUGUUAAAGAUGUUGACAUCGAAGAAGGUAUUUUCAAAUACGUCCUGAUCAAGGUAUACGGCAAACAACAAGCCGAUGGAGCGGAACCCAGCAAACUAAUUGUUAGGGGAUAUGCUGAUUGCGAGUGGCAUUCUGAUAUAUAUGAACGUGCCAGCACCUCAUGUCAAGGCCUAGGUCUGGAUACCGAAUGUUUAGGCGGUGGUAGAAUUGAGCACAAUCCAUCUGCCAAACUAAUUAAAGUUUACGGUUAUUCACAGGGUUAUGGAAAAGCAGAUCAUUCAGAGUCCAGAAAGAUUUUGUUGAAAACCUACUCGGAUUAUACAAUUGAAAUUUCCGAUGAAGGAUAUUGAUA